GGUUUCCUCCUGAGUCAAGCAGAAGAGAUGAGGCAGGGAGAGCAGAUCUGGGGACCAUCUGUGAAGAUGGAAGCUAAGUUCCAGGUGGAAGGAUUUCUUUCAGAGGAGUGGCAGAGGACACAGGCUGAAGAGCAUGGCCAAGUUGCCCUCUCACAUGGCACUGGGGAGAUGUUGUUGAGCCAUCCAUUUGUCAGGGGUGUGGAAACAGCUGCUGUGCCUCCAGUCCAGACUCCAUUUUCCUUUGAGGAAGUAGCUGUGUAUUUCACCCAGGCAGAGUGGGCAUUGCUGGAUCCUGGUCAAAGAGCUCUCCACUGGGAAGUCAUGCUGGAGAACUACAGGAGGGUGGCCUCUCUAGAUUCAUUACCCAAAGAAGCCAGGAAUGUUAGAGAGACUCCAACAGAGACAAACAAAAGCCUCAUCUCCAAAGUAGAAGAUGUUGAGGAAACAGUUGGGGAAUUCCAGAGAUUCUCAUUGGAAACAGACAAGGAAGAAGACUCUCAAUGUAACUUCAGGUAUCAAGAUAGGCCAGAUAGGAUGGAGGGAAAUGAUGGAGAGAAGAUGAGGGAGAAAUCCAUUCCUUUCCAAGUAGAGGAUUCCCAUGAUGUAAUUCACAUGGCAGAAAAAACAUUCUUGCACUGGGGGUUGAAUGUAUCAGAUCAAACUCAAUAUGGUAUCAGUUUGCAAAAGCACCAUGGAAAGAAGGCCCAUGAUUGCUUCCACUGUGGAAAGAGCUUCCUUUGUGGAGAAGAGCUCAUUAGACACCAAAGAAUCCAUAUAAGAGAGAAACUCUAUAGCUGCUCAGACUGUGGCAAGAGGUUCUCAGAAAAUUCAGAUUUUCUUCAGCACAAGAAUUCCCACCAUUUAGGUGAGAAUACAUUUAUCUGCUUAGAGACUGGAAAGAAGUUAUCUAAUGGGAAGGGACACACAUGUGCAAAGAGUUUCCAUAGCAGUUGUGAUCUUCAGCAUCAUUUACAAACCCACACAGGAGAGAAACCUUUUCAGUGCUCAAAGUGUGGAAAGAGUCUCAAUCACAAAUGCAGUCUUCAAAAACAUCAAAGAACACACACAGGGGAGAAAUCUUUCAAGUGCUCAGAGUGUGGGAAAAAAUUUAGUCAGAGUGGCAAUCUUCAAAGGCAUUUCAGAACCCAUUCUUUGGAGAAACCUUUUGAGUGCUCAAUGUGUGGAAAGAGUUUCAGACACAGAUGCAGUCUUCAAAAACAUCAAAGAACACACACAGGGGAGAAAUCUUUCAAGUGCUCAGAGUGUGGGGAAAAAUUUAGUCAGAGUGGCAAUCUUCAAAGGCAUUUCAGAACCCAUACUUUGGAGAAACCUUUUGAGUGCUCAAUGUGUGGAAAGAGUUUCAGACACAGAUGCAGUCUUCAAAAACAUCAAAGAACACACACAGGAGAGAAACCUUUCGAGUGCUCAGAGUGUGGAAAAAGAUUUAAUCAGAGUGGCACUCUUCAAGUGCAUCAAAAAACCCAUACUGGGGAAAAACCUUUUGAAUGUUCAGAGUGUGGAAAGAGAUUUUCUCUGAGUGGCAGUCUUCAAAGGCAUUUCAGAACCCAUACCAUCAGAACACCAUUGAAAAUGAUGCCAUUUGGGGGUGGAUUUCAGCAUCACUUGUUUAAACUAGGUAGCCCAGAUUCUCCUUUUAAAUCCACCUUAAAGGGAGAAUCUGGGGUCCCCAGUUUAAAUAACAUUGAAAGUGAUUCUGUUUCCCCCAAUUGGGGUCUUUGGACUGAAUGCAACAUCAUAAACAGGGAUGAAACUUUUGAGGGCUCUGAGGUAGAUUCACAUGGGAACAGCCUGGCGGCGCCACCGUCUUACACCCCUCAGACCCACCAGGCUGCCCGAGACUGCUGCCGCGCCAUUGCCCCCUUCAAGGCCAGGAAUGAAGACAUUUUGCACGUCCUUGGUGCUCUGUGA